CGGAAUUUCAGAUCGGGCAAGCGCGUCAUAGGCUGCGGCCGGCGCAGCGUCGGGUAAACUAGGUGUAGUCGACAUGCAUCGCUGCAACACUGGAGCUUGGUAUCGUGAACCUUACCAUCAGCUAUCACCACAACAUGGCCAAGACAUUGCUUGGUGCUCUUGCUCUGGCAGCGUUGCCCUCGGCGCUUGCAUUCCGCAACACUUCGCCCUUCUUCCUCUUCUCCACGGCCGAGUUGCUUAUUGAUGGUACCGAUGCCUCGAUUGCGGAAUCGUCCAAAGUCACCACUGAUGUCCUCGGCGCCUUGAAGGACUGCCCGACGCGGUCAUAUAUCAUCGUCCAGCAAGAAGGAGUCUCCUCCGCCGAUUACGCAGAUGGCCGUAUUACGCCACAUCUGAGCCAAUACAUGGGCGGCAAGCAUGAGGAGGUCAAGACGACCUUCGCACUGCCAGACGUCGUCGGCCAAGUCGAUGCGGCAGCUAUCCUUGCGCAUCUACAAGCCAAAUGCACUCCCAACAACGAUGACCAGAAAGCGGCUGCGUGGUUUAGCAGGAUAAUGUCAAAAGCGCCCGCUACAUCCAAGGCGCUUCGAACGCAACAGCUUCUGUCAGAAGACGCCGAGCUUGAGGAGCAAAUCGUCAACGAGGUGAAAUCGCGAGACUACACCGUCAUCUACAUUACCACUCCACAAACCGAGACGCAGGCCAAGGCUCAACUGGCCGACGAGCAAUACAAAUAUGACAUGGAGAAUUCGUUCGGAGAAGCUGUGCAGAUGGAGCUGAAGCGCGAUCUUUCGUCGCACAUGAAGCGAGCAAACUCGACACAGGGUGGCCUCUUUGAGAGGUAUCAGUACUUCACCCCCGGACUCUUCAUGGGGUUUGCCGCCAUUAUUCCGCUCUUCCUAAUUCUACUCGUCGGCAUCAGGGCGCUUACCAGUUUGGAGGUGUCAUACUAUGCCUUUAGCAAAGAGAUGGGGCCAAAUGCGCAGAAGAAGCAGUGAGUGGUUGAGUCAGGGUCCAGUAGAGUGUAUGAAUAUACCAAUGCGUUAGUGUGGAUAUUGUAGGUUUUGUACGCGCAUCUGCAUCUGGCGUUCGUAGGACAGUUCCGGUCAGUGAAAUUUGACAACAUGUUAUGAAUAAUACUAGGCUGGCGGCUGAGGAUCCCUGCAAAGCACCCUUCCGAGAUUGAUAACUACUAUAUGACACAGCCGGAAAAAUCACUACAUGGCAAGGUGUGACAGCUUCGAAGAGCACCCUUUGUCCAUCGUAGCGAUCUUUAUGAGUAUUAUUUUCUGCCUUGGGUUUUUCACUCUCACUUAUAUGUCAAAGCUCCAGCAUCACGCUCCUAAGGAAGUACAGUUCCAAAAAUGGCAAACUUCACAGCUAAACGUCCCU